GCCUGUUUGCAAAAGUAGGAGGGACUCCUAGAGAAAGGGAGAUGAGGAUGGAUCGAGGGGAGGAAAGGCAAACCGCGCAGAGGGCUUCUUACGCCUGGGAGAGCCACCCCACGCCUUUGCCUUCCAACAACCGCAGCAAAUGGGUGCGGCUGAACGUCGGAGGGACCCUUUUCUUAACCACCAGGCAGACCUUAUGCCGCGAGCAGAAGUCAUUCCUUUGCCGUCUGUGCCAAGGGGAGGAGCUGCAGUCGGAUCGGGAUGAGACAGGUGCCUACCUCAUUGACCGGGACCCCACUUACUUUGGACCUAUCCUGAAUUUUCUCCGACAUGGGAAGCUGGUACUAGAUAAAGAUAUGGCUGAAGAAGGGGUUCUGGAAGAAGCUGAAUUCUAUAACAUCGGGUCUUUGAUCAGACUAAUAAAGGACAGGCUGGAAGAAAAGGACUACACUGUAACACAGGUGCCUCCCAAGCAUGUGUAUCGAGUGCUGCAGUGUCAAGAGGAAGAGCUCACCCAGAUGGUUUCCACUAUGUCUGAUGGAUGGCGCUUUGAGCAGCUGGUGAAUAUUGGGUCGUCCUAUAAUUAUGGGAACGAGGACCAGUCGGAGUUCCUGUGUGUGGUCUCUAAGGAACUGUGCAGCUCGCCCAAUGGCCUGGGAUGUGAGCCCAGCCGAAAAGCCAAGAGCAUGGAGGAGGAUCCAGAUCAAAAGGAGGAGGAACAUCAAGAGGAAGAGGAGGAGGAAGAAGAGCAGGAACAGGAGGAGGAGACAGAAGCUGAGGCUGAGGCAGACGCAGCGGAGGAGAAAGGUGCAGCAAAUCCCUGAGGAAAAUCAUGACCCAGACAAACACAAGCUGAAAGCCACCUGCUCCCUUUGGGUGAAAGCUGGUGGCAGGGAAGCAUUCUGUGAGGGGAGUCUGGGAAGGUCCCUGCAGGGAACAAGCAAUAUGCUGAAGCCAACGGCUCAGUGAGAGACUGGGGAGGACGGCUUUCUUUGGGCAGCUGCUGCUUUUUGGUACAAGCGGACUUUUAUGUGUUAAUGUGUCUCCAGGUCAUCUAACCAGGGUUCUGCUGAAUGUCUCCCGAUCUCCUCCAAUUCUUUUGGAGGUUUCUUUCACCUGGCUUGCGCUCCCCCUGCUCUGCACUCUUUCCCUCGCUCAACGAUGACUGUUUCCUCACCUUCUGGAAAGCCUGAGCUCCUGUCUCUUGUCUCACCCCCAUGCCCAGAACCCUGUAUUCUACCCUCCUCCUCCUCCUCCUCUUCCCCCUUCUCCUUUGCAAAUGCCACUCCUGUUUUCAUUCUCAGGUUUGUAUGAUUAAUUCCCGCCUUCCCUUCCCUUUUCAUGAUUCUUCCGGCAAGGAAUUAAUAGGGAGAACGACUCCUUGUGCUGAAUUAGUCUUCCAGGGUAAUCCCCCUGGGGAGGGUGUUUCAAGAAAGGAGGGAAGUGGCUGGAAAAUGUCAUGAAACAUAUAGUAUUUCCUCUACAGUGAGUCAGACUCCUGUGCCAUCCAGUCUACUCCGUCCUUUCUGUGCCCAAAAUACCAUUUUUUUUAAAGCUGGGGAAUACAGUGAUUGACACUGGACCUUGGCUUAACAUUCAGUGGUGAUGGCCCUUCCCCAAAGAUGUCAAAGAAUGCUGAUUUAUAAUGGAAUUAAAAGCAAAAAAAGGUCCCCCCCUUUCUUUGCUCAGAAUAAAUUAUGCAGGUUUGUAUUUUGCUUGUAUUUGCAUAAUUUUGGUAGCUGUUCUUAAGAGUGGUUGGCAGGAGGCGAGCAUGGUGGACUGGGGACAUUAAUAAGGGAUUGAGGAUGGGGAAAGCAAUGUAGACUGUUGUAGAAGACUUGCCCCCCACCUACCAGUCCCCACCGCCUCAGUACUGCCUAUCCUCUUGUGUCAACCUUAAAUCUGGGGCUCUCAAUAAGCCAAGCUCUGCAGCAGAGUCCAGAUGCUGGCCACGGUCCAGUAUAGCAUUAAGUGCACUUAAGACAAUUGAUUUCAGUUGGAGGUCCAAAGCAGAAGAGAGCGUCAGCAUCCCCAACACAAAAGGCCUCCCCAGAAAUGGCUGCCAAAUGAGCAACUGCUGGCAUUUUGCAUGAAAAUGUCCAGGUUUCUCCCCCCCCCCCCCCGCCCCCGUCCCCUUUCUCUAUGCAAAAGCAAAUUAUCUGGCAGAGCUGCCUUGAAGGAGUUGCAGCUCUCUGACAGUGUGAAGCAUGUGCUACAGACCAGCUGGCCACUUCUGUUGAACCAGGGCUCAGAUAGGGCUUUGUUUGGGACCCUUUGCUGCUGGUACCUUUAUAUUGUCUCCUACUGAAGGAGAGUGGAAGAUUUGCUAUAGGAGGUGGCUCACCUUUCUCCUCCUGUGCAGGACCUUUUGUGCUCUCAGCUGCAGCCCGAACAUAAUGUAGCACUAUAGAAUCACAAUGCUUGGUAUUCACAAGUGUUUUUCCCCCUUUCUCUCCUCUUUCGCAUCUGUUCUCCCACCCACUGUGUGUUCUUUUUCUGCAUCCUUUUUAAUUUAUCUUAGUCUUGCUUUUUCCUUGUUACUUGACUUCACUUGGUCUUCCAGCUCUGUUUGUUCUUGUCGAUUCAAGCUGUUACAAACCAGAAGUCUCAGGAUGUAAUGCUGACGAUCAAUUUGUUUAAUUUUUUUUAAAAUCUUUAUUUUUGUAUUGUGUGUUUGAAAGAAAACAAUAAAACACUGCUAGGGCUGGA